AUGCGGAGUGUCCUCUCCUUUCGCGCGUCGCUGCGAGGGGCAGCAUUACGCAAUGGAGAAUGGACGGCGUGUCGGAGAAACUUCGCCAGUCUCCCUGUCCAGUACCGCGUGGUUGGGCAGAAUUGCCAGAGAGCAAGCGCACAGCGACAACAGCGAAGAUGGCAAUCGGGAGCAGCAGCGGCAGUACAGGAGGCCGCGGUCCAGACCCCAGAAGAGCUGUCGCAAGAGAGCAUCAUUUCCAAUCUCGAUCCCGCCGAAGCAGCGCGCCUCGAGAAGGUGCGCAACAUCGGCAUCGCAGCGCACAUCGACUCGGGCAAGACAACUGCCACCGAGCGAGUCCUCUUCUACACCGGCCGUAUCAACGACAUCCACGAAGUAAGAGGGCGAGAUGCCGUGGGCGCCAAGAUGGAUAGUAUGGAUUUGGAGAGAGAAAAGGGCAUCACCAUCCAGAGUGCCGCCACCUUCUGUGACUGGGUGGUCAAUGAGCGAGCGGAAUACGGAAAAGCAGGGCAGGGAGAAGAGAAGUAUCACAUCAAUCUCAUCGACACCCCUGGCCAUAUCGAUUUCACCAUCGAAGUCGAACGGGCAUUGCGUGUCUUGGACGGCGCGGUCAUGAUUCUGUGUGCUGUAUCUGGCGUGCAGUCCCAGACUGUCACCGUCGACCGACAGAUGAGACGAUAUAACGUGCCCCGCAUCAGCUUCGUCAACAAGAUGGACCGAGCUGGGGCCAACCCGUGGAAGGCGAUCGACGGCAUCAAUCACAAACUUCGUAUCCCUGCGGCGGCGGUGCAGGUGCCGAUCGGGAUGGAGGAUGAAUUCAAAGGCGUUGUCGAUCUGAUCAGAAUGAAAGCCAUCUACUCCGAAGGAAAUAACGGAGAGGUCGUCAGGGAGGCAGAGGUGCCGGAUGACCUGCGCGAGUUUGCGCAGGAGAAGCGAAGGAAGCUGAUUGAAACGCUGGCGGAUGUCGACGACGAGAUUGCGAAUGCCUUCCUCGACGAGCGGACCCCUUCGCCAACCGAGAUCCAAGCCGCGAUUCGCAGGGCCACCAUCUCGCUCAAGUUCACGCCUGUUCUGAUGGGCUCGGCGUUGGCGGACAAGAGCAUCCAGCCCAUGCUGGACGCGGUAUGUGACUACCUUCCAAACCCGUCCGAAGUCGAGAACCUCGCUCUUGACCGCCGGCGGUCCGAGACACCCGUCAAACUGGUUUCAUACAACAGUCUUCCGUUCGUCGGCCUGGCUUUCAAGCUGGAGGAAUCCAAUUUCGGUCAGCUCACUUACAUCCGAGUGUAUCAAGGUCAAAUCAGGAAGGGGCAAACCGUCGUCAAUGCCCGCACUGGUCAGAAAGUCAAGAUUCCCCGCAUCGUACGCAUGCAUUCCAAUGAAAUGGAGCAGGUGCAAGAGAUUGGCGCGGGAGAGAUCUGUGCCGUCUUCGGUGUGGACUGCGCCUCUGGCGACACCUUCACCGAUGGUGGACUAGGCUACUCCAUGACGAGUAUGUUCGUUCCCGAUCCUGUCAUCAGUCUCAGUAUUCGUCCGAAACAGACCAAGGAUACACCGAAUUUCAGCAAGGCCAUGGCACGCUUCCAGCGGGAAGACCCCACGUUUCGAGUCCAUGUCGACACGGAGAGCGGCGAGAGCAUCAUCUCCGGCAUGGGCGAGCUGCAUCUGUCCAUCUACGUCGAGCGCAUGAAGCGUGAAUAUGGGGUGGAGGUCGUCACAGGACAGCCGCAAGUUGCGUACCGAGAAACGCUCACCGAGCGCGUCGAGUUCGAUCAUUUGCUCAAGAAACAGACGGGUGGUGCUGGCGAUUAUGCACGUGUCAUGGGCUGGAUGGAACCAACGGGUCAACUGGGGGAGAACAAGUUCGAGAACCAAGUCACCGGAGGAACGAUUGACGAGAAGUACCUUUUUGCGUGCGAGAAAGGCUUCAACGACUCUUGCCGGGAAGGGCCAUUGCUGGGACACAAAGUGCUUGGGACACACAUGGUCGUCAAUGACGGAGCGACGCACAUGACCGACUCGUCCGAACACGCCUUCCGCACCGCGACGAUCCAAGCCUUCCGGCAAGCCUUCCGCAAAGCCGGUCCGCAGGUGCUGGAGCCGCUGAUGAAGACGGUCGUUUCGGCACCCAACGAAUUCCAGGGCAACAUUGUGGGCAUUCUCAACAAGCGCAAUGCCACCAUCCAUGACACAGAGAUUGGGCCGGAGGAUUUCACGCUUACGGCGGACUGCUCGCUGAACAGCAUGUUUGGAUUCUCGAGCCAGCUGCGAGCGGCGAGUCAGGGCAAGGGCGAGUUUUCGAUGGAGUUCAGUCACUACGCUCCCGCGCCCAUGCAGUUGCAGAAAGAAUUGGUGGCGAAGCAUGAGAAGGCGAGGCUGGAGAAGAUUAGCAAGAAAUGA